AUACUUUCACGUUCCUUCAAACUGCGGAGUCAGUGGAGGAAUUCAGGACCAACCUGAGCCAAGUUUACAUACCUUGACACGAAGGAGGAGUUGCGAGGUCACGUCUUUCUCAACAAAGUUUAACAGCCGCAGAAAAUUGAGCUCAGUGCCACAGGAGGAGCUGCCAAACAGGACGCCAUCAACAUGGAAGACAUGAGUGUGGAGCAAAUGGCUGCAAGAGCCAACCAAGUGACAGACGAGUCUCUGGAAAGCACACGACGGAUGUUACAGAUGGCAGAGGAGAGCAAACAGACUGGUGCCAAUACCAUGGUGAUGCUGGAUCAACAGGGAGAGCAGCUGAACCGUAUAGAAGACGGCAUGAACCAGAUCAACGAGGACAUGAAGAAGGCUGACAAAAACCUGGAUGACCUGUCCAAGUGCUGUGGUCUGUGUGUGUGCCCCCAUGACAGGGUUAACUCUGUGGAGAAUGACCAGCGUUACAAGCGCACGUGGGCCACAGGAAGUGAGGAGGGACAAGGCGGAGACUCUAACGUGGUCUCAAAGCAGCCUUCAGCUGUUCGCAACGGGCAGACAGCCCAGGUGCAGGCGCCUGCCCCCUCAGGUCCUUACAUCAAGAGGAUAACCAACGAUGCACGGGAGGAUGAAAUGGAGGAGAAUCUGGAUGCGGUCGGCAGCAUCCUUGGGAACCUGAAAGACAUGGCUGUGAAUAUGGGCAGUGAAAUCGACAAACAGAACGUUCAGCUGGACCGCAUCAAUGAUAAGGCGGACAUGAACAAAGUGCGCAUUGAUGUAGCCAACCAGAGAGCCAAUAAGCUCAUCAAAUAAACCUGGAAUCUAACUUCUGCUCCUCUUCUCUUCAACUUUAAACCUCCUUUGCUUCGUACAUGCACAUCAUAUUUCUGCACAUGCACAGAUAGACACUCUGUCUUCAGAAAGAAAUUUGGUCCUGAAGGAGUUUUGCCAGCAGUGUGUUGUUGACUCCAUCUGAAACACACACACGUGUGUGUAUAUAUAGUGAUGCUGGACUGAUGGAAGCAGAGCGGGAAUCAGAAACCUGAACCAAAGAGGAAGUAGCAGAGCUGCUGUUGAUACCAAACCCACAGCAGAUCCAUUACAUCACUGUGAGGGAAGAAGCUCAAGUUAGCUGUUUUCUGUCUGCUUUUUCUUCCUGAUAUUUGUUUAUUGUUCACAAGAACUGCUUCCCUCUGUGUGUGUGUGUGUGUGUGUGUGUGUGUGUGUGUGUGUGUGUG